AAGGCAAUAUGAAAAAAAAUAUAUAUAUAUACAAAAUUCAUUGCCUAAAGCUUCUCCCUUUGGUUUUCCAUUUUUGUCUUUACAUUGUUUCUCCAACAUUUGUUUUUCCUAUAAAUAGUCAAACAGAACAACACAUGAAAUCCCUCCACCACAAAGCUCUAUCUUCCUCUAAAAAUCCAUUUAAUCAUUAUGUAUCAGCCAGAGAUUCUUCAAUCUCCCUGGCUAUUCUAUGAAGACAUAGACUCAUCAUCAACUUUUGAUCAUCAUCAUCAUCAAAUUAUUCAUGAGUCCUAUGGCUUUACAAACCAUGUUGAUGACUAUGAUCCAUCAUAUGGCAUCAUCAUAGAUGACCAUGUUGAUGAUGAUGGAUUCAAUACUCUAUUGACCACUUCAGAAAAUAGUACUUCAACCAUAUUCACCAAUGAUCAUAUCCAAUUUGAAUUUGAUGAACAAACCUUUCAACUUCCAUCACUCAUGGAUUUAGAUCCUUUUGAUUCCAUUUUAACUCCUCAAAUUGAUGAUUCUAUUUUUCAUGAUCAUGGUUACCAACAAGAAAGUGAAAGUAGCUUCCUUUCACAAAAUUUUCCUAGUGAUCAUGCAUCAUGGAGUCCAAGUUCAACAAUUUCAAUGAAAUCACAAUUUUCCUCAAAUCAACCAUCACUAAACUUGCCACAACAAAACAUGGAAAUUGAAAACCAUGUGAGUCUUCCACACUUAAUGGAAGCACAUGGAGAAGCCUUAGAACAAGGACAAAAACAACUAGCUGAAAUUAUCUUGAAGUGUAUAAGCCAAAAAGUUACUUCUCCACUUGGUGAAUCCCUUGAAACUCUUGCAUUUUAUUUAUCUCAACAUGUUACAAAACAUGUUGAUUAUCUUAAAGGUGAGGCCUAUAAAAACUUUGAAGCUUGUUUCAAAGCACUUUAUCAAGGGAAUCUAGUUGGAAAAGUUGCUCACUUUGCAUCUAUUUCUUCAAUUCUUGAGGCUGCCAUGUUAGAAGAUUGUGAUGUUAUACAUGUGAUUGAUUUUUGUAUUGGAAAUGGAAUUCAAUGGCCUUUUUUAUUGGAGGCUGUUUCAAAGAUGAACAAAACAUUGAAAUUGACAUCAAUUAAAUGGUGUGAUGAUGAAAGUUUUGAAAAAAGUCAAUGGAAUUUUGAUGAUACAAAAAGGAACCUUUAUGAGCAAGCUAAAUCAUGUGGUUUGAAAUUGAAGGUUGAGGAGAAGGGGUUGGAGGAAUUGGUUUUUGAGAUCAAAAGAAUAAACAAAAGGGGUUUGAAAAAAGAGUUUUUGGCUUUCAAUUUGAUGAUUGGUCUACCUCAUAUGAGAAUGGUAAGAAACAAAAGAAAAAAUGGUUUGAUGUUUUUGAAGGUAGCUAAGGAUUUAAUAAAAAACUUUGGAAUCAAGGGAAUGAUUACUUUUGGUGAUGGUGAUGCAUUUGAGAAACUUAAAAAUUGUUUGAAUUUUAAGUCAUUUUUUGAAGGGAAUUUGGUUCAUUACAAGGCUUUGUUGGAAUCAAUUGAGUCACAAUUUUCAGCUCAAUUUUUAGAAGCUAGAACUGCUUGUGAAGUGUUGUUUGUGGCACCUUGUGUUUCUUCUCUUGAUUGGUUGAAAACAUGGGAAGAGAUGAAAAGUGACUGUGAAAUUGAAGAUGAGAUUGGAUUAGAGGGUAGUGGAUUGAGCAAAAAUGUUUUGAUGGAAGUUGGAGAAGUUUUGAGAGGAAGUGAAAGUUCAUAUGAGAUAAGAAAUGAAGGGCAAAAUGUCAAUCAACUUGUUUUGGAAUGGAAAGGAACUCAACUAUUAAGAUUUUCCAUUUGGAAAAACUAAAAAUAAAAAGACUAGUUUUAGUUUAAGUGUUCCAAUUAUACAUUCAAAUGAAGUUGUAUAGUUAUUAUAGAUUUAAUCUGUACAGAGAUUAUUAAUUCUUGCUCAAUAUUUACAUCUUAAUUAACAUAUUUUAAUCACUA